UGCGUCGCGACGUGCCGACGAGUAAAUCGCUCGUUUGACGAUGCCAGCCAUGCUGGUGGUCGUGCUCCAGUGAUGCGAUAAUAUUUUCGCCGGACGUAUCAUCGCCGACAUCCUCGUUGUUGUUGACGUGCGCGGUGGCGCGGCGUCCCGAUAGCGAUCGUCGGCGACGCCAGUAGCGACAGCGACGACGACGACGAGGAGGAGAAAGAGGAGGAGGAGGAGGAGGAGGAGGAAGAGAAAAACGAGGUGGAGGAAGAGUUAAGAGGAGGAAGCUCGCGUUGGCGCGUUCGGCGGGGAACGUCGUCGACGAGAACGCGGACGCUGAUAACAUGCACUGUCCACGACACCAGUGCGCGGUGCUCGAUUGACGGAUCAAGAAAGAUGAUAAAUAGAAAAAACACUCGUAUUGCGUUCGAUAAGACUGUAAGGUAAGACUCUGCUAUGGAUCGUUGGCCCAUCGUGUAUUCGUGUGACCGUGCUGCUUUCGUCGCGCAUUGACUUUGCGGUUGCGAGAGAACUUCGCAUUGAAAACCGCCGUCGCCGCCGUAGGAAGAGGCGGUGGUGAUAAAGAAGAAGAAGAAGAAGACGAGGUGAAGGAGAAAGAGGGCAGUAGCAGAGAGAACAAGAAGGGAGUUCGCGACAGAAUCGGAGGGAACUCGCUCGCGGAGAUCGGAGAGGAGCAGGUUCUCUCGUUCGUUCGGAGGACGGCGCUCGCUGCGUACGAUCUCCGCGAAAGCACGCACGAGGAAGAAGGAGAGAGAGAGGAUCGCAGACAAAGAGGACGACGAGCGACAGCGGCUUUAUCAUGUUAUACGUGGAAGUGGUGGCAACGCGGGAUCGCGGGUCGCGGCGGUAGUCGCAUCGUUGUCUUCAUCGGCGACGCGUAAUGCAGCGGCGGGAGGGGCGGAUAUAGGAAGGAAGGAAGGACGCGCGAACGGAUUAUACGCGUGUAACUCGGCCUCUCGUCACUCGUGCCGGACGAGAGCGGAGCGAAAGAGAGUGCGUGUGUGCGAGAAAAAGAGAGAAAGAGAGAGAAGAACGACCGAGGAAGGCCUCGUAGAGCGCGGGUUAGAAAACCCCGUUCCAAGAGGAUGGACUCGUAUCUGUCUCAUGGCAGAACACGCGAGGAAUGCAGUGGAGGCCGUGCUACUAUGAUGACUACGGCGACGACGACGGCGACGGCGACGACGACGACGACGACGACGACGACGACGACGCGCUGGGUCCGAGUAACAUGGAAGUGGAAUCGCGAGGAAGCCGAGUUGUCGCGCCAGUUGUCGUGCUAGUGCCCGAUCCCGCUGCUCCGUCAUUCGCGACAUAAAUAAACUCGUGGAUGGUCAAAAUAUAAUAUAUAUUGUGUACAUCAGUUGCAUGUAUAUAAAGCGAUAUCGAGUGCACUGAGAUUCACCGAUGUUCACGUUGAAGUGCAUACGUUGAAGCGGUGAUUGCGCUUGUACUCCGAACCUUAGUUGUCUAUUUUCCUCCGGCAGGUACGCUUGUUGAAUACGCGUGCACAAUGGAGACACUAUUGCCAGGCAGCACUGCCGCUGGCCAAUCAUACAGUCCGCAGUUGAAGACCGUCCUCAAGACCUAUCAGCUGUCAGCCAUCAAGAGCCUACAGGGUCCCAGCUCGGCUCUGCUGGGCAUGGAUUGUAAAGCUCUGCUGCAUGAGCAACAAUCGUGCUUCUCGCCACCCGCUGUCAGUCGUCCGGUAGCCAACUGUGGUCUGGAAUCGCCCGUUGAGUCGCAACCGUCAAAGGACGUAAUCGAGAAGGAGAUUCGCGAGACGUCGGGACGCACGUUGACGCCCGUCUCAAAGGCACCCCGCUCGUCGGAGGACUCGGACGAGGAUCAUCCUGCGGUGGAUCGUUCGAAGGUCGUGUGCGAGAAGCGCGAGCUCGAGUUUCAGAUACCGAUACUCACAGCACCUGAUCAGAGUUGCUCCGAGAGAUGCGAAACGAUCCUUGAGGGUGAGAGAAUAUCGUGCUUCGUAGUGGGCGGCGAGAGAAGAUUAUGCCUACCGCAGAUACUGAAUACGGUGCUGCAGGACUUCUCUCUACAGCAAAUUAAUCAGGUGUGCGACGAGUUGCAGAUUUACUGUUCACGUUGCACCCGGGAUCAGCUCGAGGAGCUUAAGCAUUCCGGUAUCCUGCCGCGCAACGCGCCGUCCUGUGGUCUCAUCACCCAGACCGACGCCGAAAGGCUCGUCAGUGCUUUGCUAUUACGGACAGAGUCCUGUGAUCCUUCUCAAAUCGGUCCAGCACAGGACUGUCUUGAGAAGAAAACGUGUAAGAGCGAGGAGGAGGAAGAGGCGAUUGUUAAAUUUAAAGUGUAUCAUGAAUGUUUUGGCAAGUGCAAGGGUAUCUUCGAUGCGAAACUGUUCGAGACGGACGAUUCAGUGUGCAUUGAGUGUCUAGAGUGUGGCUACCAAUUCUCUCCUCAACGCUUUGUAAGACACGCUCAUAGAUCUCUAGAGAAUCGCACCUGCCAUUGGGGUUUCGAUUCCGCUAACUGGCGGUCGUAUCUUUUGCUUUCUCGUGAUCAGCAACACUACAACAAAUCGCUCAUCCUUUUUCGGGAGCUGAAAGAGAGGCAUCUUGUGCUAAAUUCCAAGCGAAAGCUAGAGCUGAGACAUGAGCACGAGAGAUUGGUCAAACGCACAAAGAAGGAAAUAGGAAAGGACGAUUGCGCUGGAAUCUACAAUGGCAAUGGACUGGCAAUGUACCAUCCUGUAUCCCAAAUUGCUACUGAUUCGUACUUGCAAAUGCAAUGGGCGGUUUUCGAGCUCGCUGCCAGAGGAGCAGCCUUUCAGCCCUGGAAUGCUACGGGUAAUUGCAAGCACAGGGACAAUUCAUCGUUGGUGCCUGCAUAUCUGAGUCGAGGUCCACCUGUAUUGCAACAUCCGGAGCGAGUCAUUCCGCUUUCGGAGUGUGAGCGUUUCGAGCCGCAUUUUCAACCUAAUGUGGCGUUGGCGCCUAUACCGGCACCCGCACAGAUAGGUCAGAUACCGCCACCUUCGUCUGUUCAUCAGCAACGACGGCAUCACGAACAUCGCCGUCACAAUCAUCACUCCUCAAGUCCCACGUGUGAGAAACAGGAGCUAUUGUCCGUCAACGUUAAAACGGAGAAAACGUCGCCAAGUCAAGCGCCGACAAUCGAUUCUUAUCCUCUGUACUACGUUUCCGAGGAAAAUCAGAAGGAGGCGGCGUCGCCAAAAGAAAAGAAGGAGAAGGAAGGUGAGGAAGAGGAGAGCAGUGCAGCGGUGACAUCAUCCACCGUGAACGUGGAACCUACACCACUGGCGACCUCUUCUGAGGUCGGUACCUCCUCGCCGUCGGAAAGCGAUUCCGACACGGACGCCACCGCGGCGGCGGAUCUCGAGGAACGUUUGAGGAUCCUGGACGUGCCACAAGACGUGAUAGAGUUGGCACGUCGCGUGGUGUUGGAGAACGCACAGCUGCGACGUCAUCGACGAUCGGACGCUCGUGAAAUCACCAAGUUACGGAGUCAGUUGCACAUGCAGAAAUUACAACAGCAACAGUCCGCCGUCGUCGUCGCCAACGAUAAGAGUGAUGAUCAGGACAAGAAGGAGGACGCAACAAUGGCAACAGCGACGGCACCGCGUUCUAGCGCAGCUGACAGCACCGAGGGUGACAACGAGGAGACUGACGCUACAAGUUUACCAUCGAACAAUAAAGAGUCUGAGCCCGUCACCGUGCUGACGACUAAUAACGAGUCAGAUCAGUGAUUAGGAUAACGCGGAAGUUAUUUAACACAUACACACACACACACACACACACAUACACACACAUACACACACACGCACACACACACACUUACAACUGCUCAGCGAUUACCGCGACGACGCUCAUCCGUUGGCCGAAUAAGCGUGCACUGAGUUUAGUAUGUUAGGUACAUAUAUACAUACAUUUACGAUUCUAAACUAAACGAUAAACUGUCUAGAUUUUUUGUGAUACGCGACAAGCCUUUAAACGUUAUCGCAGAUAAUUCGGAGUUUUUACUAGAUAAGUAAAACACGUGCUGCAUCCAACUCAAAACAUCGGGCUGAUAGAGUCCUCGCGCUUCAUACUCAUGUCUCGCGAGAUUCGAACCGACCGACCGAUCACUGUCAGCGAAAAUAGCUUGCCUUCCAUGUUUGUCGAGCGCGAUACGUCCACUUCCUAUCUGCAUUUUAGUAUUUCGCGAAUAACGAAAAAUGAUAACGCGUUCUUUUUCCGAAAUGAAUUUCGGCUUUUUGAGUCUAUAGAGCCGCGAAGACAGACGUGUUAAUAAUUUGUCUCUUAGGCGGUGUUACCGGAUUUCGAAAGAGUGAUACUCCCGGUGGGAGAUGUGGCAAACCGAUGCCACGAGUUGGACAGUCACGUCAAGUAUACUUAUGUAUCGAUCGAUUUUUUUUUAUUAAAAUCGAAUGUAGAUAUUGUAUUAUAUCGAUAGAAGGGUGUAGAUUUAAUGGAUUAUACCGCGCCAAUAAAACAAUUACAUCUAAUGGGUAUUACGAUGAGACACAUUUCGUAUAUAUUAAAUAUAUAUGGGAUGCAAAGCAAGAUUUUUACUAUAUAAUUUUGAUCCAUAAAUAUAUAAGUAAUAAAAAACAAUGCAUAAAAGAAUGCGUGUGAGAGAUA